CUGAACAGCCGCACAAACACACAUACGACCUCACUGCUUACCUCUUUGUUACCUGAAACCUGAAGCGAUAUGUCCGACCGCGGCACCGAGCGACAGCAGAUGCAGCAGCAGUCCGGCACCGAGCAGCAGCAGCGGCAGGGCCAGCAGGACGUCAUCGACAUCACCCCGCCCCAGCGCGGCAGUGCGGGAGGCGGCCAUAUCGCCACCACCACCACCACGGUCGGCGGCGGCUCUGUGAUGGGUCCCACCACCACCAUCAGCAGCAGCGUUGACCCGGUGACUGGCGUGCCGCUGACCACCUACGAGACCCGCACCGCCGGGGUGGUGCCCACGGCGGGCGGCGGCACGGCCGUGUACCAGAGCUACUCAGCCACCACGAUGCCGGCGGAGCAGCAGGAGCGGCAGCAGCAGGGCGGCGGUGGAGGUGGCAUGUGAAUAAGCUAGCUAGCGGCAUGCGUGCAGGCGGCGGUGAUGGGAGCUAUACUCAUGUUGUGAACGGUGGACCAGAGCCCGAGACAAGCAACCGCUGACGGACCCGCCAUACAUUGCAUGGCGGGACACGGCUGGCGGCAGUAGCAGGGCGCAGCCCGAUGAUGUGGGUUAGCUAGAGGGCGGUAGUACCAGGCCCAGUAGGCAGGUAGUAAGUAUUGCGUUGCUCAGCAGUACAGACAAAUUUCAAAGUUGCAUGAGUAUAGCUAAGAAGAGCA